AGGGUGGAUCCGCCGGCGGGUACUACGAGACCGUGGAUGGCGUGAAGUGCGACCACGAGAUCCUGGAGCUCUGCCGCAAGGCCGUGGCCGGCGCCGGGGACGGCCGCGUCUCCAAGGACGACGCCAAGGGCAUUUUGGACGCUGCUCUGGAUGCUGGCAAGGUCACGGACACCGAGCGUUGGACUCUGCGGCUUUGCCUUUCAGAGUUCAACUGGACGGAGGCGGCCCAUGACUGGUUCACCGCCGAGCUGAAGGCCGCCGGGGCGCCGCUGAAGCGGCCCGCCUCCAUGGCCGGGCGCCCGGCCAAGAAGGCCAAAGUGGUGGACCCGACCCCGUCCAAGGUGAAGUGCGUGGUGGGCGCCAUAGACUUGGCGCAGAAGUCGGGCGUGAGCGCGGAGGUGUGCCAAAUGGUUUCGCAGAUGGCCAAGAAGGCGUUGCCUGUGGCCAAAGAGGAGAGGCACGCCUUCCAGGGCGAGGCAUUUUCCAUGGUGGAGAAGAUGCUGGCGGAAGCGCACGAGGGCCUGAAGAAGGAGUUCGCGAGCGCCGGCGAACUCAUCGCCAACGCGGACACGGUGAAGGCCGCCCGCGACGCCAAGGUCAAGGAGACCGAGGCGCAGCUUGAGACCGCCAAGGAGGCCAAGACCAAGACGCAGGAGACCAGCCUGGAGAAGACCGCAGCCUUGAAGGCGUCGCACGAGCCGCUGCACAGCGUCCAGGCGGCGCAGAAGGAGGGGGACGCGGAGGCGGUGGCGCUGGAGAAGGAGAAGAAGGCUUUGGAGGAGAGCAUCAAGGAACUGCCCAGCCUCAAGGAGCAAGGCUCUGUGAAGGCUCGGCCCAUGCACGCCCUGACCAAGGCCUUGGCCAAGGCGGGUCUUGAGGACUCUUUGGUGGAAACUGUGCACCUGCCCUUGCAGAAGAAGCCAGAGGCCCGGGGCUCCUUCGACCACUUGGUGCUGGAGAAGCUGUCGGAGGCCGUGGACGCGAGGCUGGCGGAGAUGGCCAAGGCCAUCGAGGACGCAGGCCCCGCGCGCGCCGCGCGCGCGGAGAAGGUCGCGGAGGCGCAGGCGUCCUUCGACGCGGCGAAGGCGGCCAGCGAGGAGGCGGCUGCGGCGGCCAAGGCGGCCAAGGAGGCCCUCGCGAAGGCCCAGGACGAGCUGGCGACGGCGAAGAAGUCCCAGGGCUCCUUCGACGCGGAGCUGCGGAAGGCCGCGAAGACGGAGGAGGCCGCGAAGGCGGCGCUGGAGGCGUUCGUGGAAGGACCGCUGGCAGACUUCAAAUUUCUGGUGGAGCGGUCGGUGCCCGCCGAGGAGACCGCCUAGGUCCACUGAUGAGACCGCCUAGGUCCGCGUACCACUAUGCCUCGAGUUGUUUGGCUUGUAUCAUUACCUUUUAACCACAGGAAGCGAACCUGCCCUUGGCGGGAUGCCCGAGUGGUCUCGAAUUCAUGUUCUUGGGGCAAGAGACUGCAACAUGCUCUCGCGGUUGGCAAUCCCUUGGCUAUUGGCUGAACCAAAAGGGAAACCACUUUGCCGCAGAGAGCCUUUGGGUGCAGUCGCAUCACUUGCGCCGUUCGCUUUUCGACUGGAGGGGGCAUGGGGAUCAAGCUCUAGCCAGCGGGAC